AUGGAGGCAGGACGAAAUUAUGAUGAGUUUAUCGAGAACGCUCGAUUCAUCAUUAACGCGAGCAGAAGACUUUCCAAAGUGGAAAAAACUCUCCGAAAUAUUGACUCAGCCAACCGUGAAAUCAACAAGGAGAUCAACAAGAAGCAGAAGAAGUACUGGCAUCUAAUUGAUCUCAAAAACGAAAAAGAAGAUCAUCGAGUCCGACCAGUUGAUGUCGACGAAGAUCUUUGGCAACGAUUUCUUGCUUUUGAGGCGUUUGAGAGAGAAACGAAGCUUUCCAGCUUUAUUGCUAAAAAAAUUUGA